ACCCACGCGCGCUGGUUCGAUCGAUCGUCGUCGUCGCGUCGUAGGUGAGAGGUUAUUUUCCAUUUAGAGCGCACUGCUUUUGCUCCACGAGGAAAGAUGAGCACCAAAGCACACCCUCCCGAGCUCAAAAAAUACAUGGACAAAAGACUGCAAUUGAAGCUGAACGGUGGGAGGUGUGUGUCUGGGGUUCUGAGAGGGUUUGACCCCUACAUGAACCUGGUUCUGGAUGAAUGUGUGGAGGAGAGGUCUGCCACUCAGAAAUACAAGAUUGGCAUGGUGGUCAUCAGAGGAAACAGCAUAAUUCUUUUGGAGGCACUUGAGAGAAUAUUCUAGUGCGUGUGUAUACAAUUGACUCAAAACUCUACAUCUUUACACUGUUUACACUUGAUUAUUCUCCCUGCUGUUUGGCAGUCUCAUUUUGCUCUUUCUUGACCACUUCACGGUGCAUUUCACUUCAUGCGCUAUAAAUAGCACUUAUACUUAGCUAGAGCAUAUUACUCCCU